AGCUGGGAGAGAGAGAGAGAGAGAGCGAGAGAGCGAGCGCGAGCGCCGGGAGAGGAGCCGUUUAUACCGCACUGUUGGGCGAGAAACGACCAUUUACAUGUUGGAUUCUGAAUCAUAUUAAAGAAAAAGACUCCCGAAAGGAUUUAACUCUUUCUCGGCUCGAGCGGACCGCCAAAGAUAGACAGACGUGCCCUGCAGCCAUGAGGCGACCUGGACUGAUUGGAAAUCUCUAAGCACGUCUGUGCCAGGAGUGACCUCUGCCCCUUUGCCACUUCUCUGUGACUGACGAGGUCUAUCUGGGGAGGCGUGGUCCUGCCCCACCGAAACAACAUGUGCAUAGGAAGCAGAGGACAAAGCCAGCGUGUGGAGCCCCUGCUUGCUCCUCUCAGCUCGGGAUGCACUCUUCCCUCCAGCCUUUCCCCUUCUCCCCUUUGCCCAGUUUUACGGCCCUGAUACCGCACCGGGCACCAUGAGCGCAUAUAGAGACCCUGGCCCUCUCUCUCAGCCCCUCCCCCCUGUUCACCUGCGCCUGCCGCUCCACAAUGGCCACGCCUCUCCGGCCGACGGCAGCUUAUCCCGCAUCUCCGUGCCCAAGAUGGGCGUACGGGCUCGCAUCGCCGAUUGGCCCCCGAGGAGGGAGCAUUCCCGAGAAUCGCUGCUGGAAAAUGGGCAGGGUGAGAGCAGUAGUGGCGAGGAGGGGUUUAACCGAGGGGGCAUGGCAAGGGUGCCACAGCUACGACGCAGCAAAGAUGCAGAGUUUCGAGAGGGAAGGAUUCCUAGGGAUGUCCCAGGUUCUCCUGCACGUUUCCGGAUCUCGGGAUUCGCUCCGCUGCGCCAGCGUUCUAGCAGUGAGAUCACGUUGAGCGAACAGGAUGAAACGGAAGUCGAAGGUCGUCUGUUCCGGGUGUACGGCAGCACGUCGUCCAUCAACGUCCAGGCCGUGCCUGAGGAGAGCUUCUUCGACAUGCUCAGUCAGUUCCAGCAGGAGAUGCCAGACCAGCGCAGUGCUGCCCCUGCCAGGCUGGGAGAACUACUGCGAGCCGAAUCCUCCCUCAUCCCGUCCCCUUCUCCUGUCCCCUCCAUCCCUCGCUCUGAAGAGCGCCCCGAGAGCCGCGUGCGCAAAAAGAGUGGCGGUACAGAAUCGUCCCUCGGGAGCACAUCCCUGUUUCGGAAGCUUCGCAACGCCAACAAGGGAGAUUCCGAAGCAUCACGAGGUGACUCUGAGGAGACGCGACAGGCGGAGACUUCACUCAAGCCAUGGCUGUGCGUCCGCAGCUUUGCACACUAUGACUCCCAAAGCCUCUUGUUUGACCUCCAUGAGGCAGCUGCCCAGCGCAGUUACGCAGCCCAAAGACGUAACACAGCCACAGGGGCCUCCUCGGCGUCUGCCACUUCCUCAGCAGCCGUCUCAUUGGCUGUGUCCCGUGCUCUGGCGCUGGGCGGAGCCGAACCCACCUUCUCCAGUACGGAUGAUUUAAGUUUGCUAAUAGAGGGCUCUACCUUGGGCAUGGAAGCCUCAGACUCGGCAGGGCUGGACAGCUUGAACUCAGGUCCUCAGCAUCAGCUCCUGCUUACCUGCCCCAAUUUCCUGAACGAGACUGGGAGUUAUGGCGAGCGCAACGUGAGCUUCCUGAGCUCAUGGGCAGAGCGUGGGGAGGCCAGACUACGUAUGCGCUGUACUAAUGCUAGCAUAGCUGUGUUAGAGGUGGGGCCAGAAGAGCAGGACACACGCAUGGACAGACUGCAGAAUCACUGCAUAGAGCACGUGGACCUGGGAGCACGAUACUACCGGGAAUAUUUCCACGGGAAAGAGCACUGUAACUAUUUUGGAACAGAUGACAAGUUGGGCCCCGUGGCCCUGAGCAUCCGCAGAGAGAAACUGGACGACACCAAAGAUCUGAAGGACCAAUACCAAUACCGCAUCAUCUUCCGUACCAGUGAGAUGGUGACUCUGCGAGGCUUCAUCCCGGAGGAUUCCGUGCCCUCCACAGCGAAACACGGGACGGUGCGAGGUCUGCCCCUGAAGGAGGUGCUGGAGUUUGUGCUGCCGGAGCUGAACCUGUCGUGCCUGCGUUUGGCUCUCACCACCCCCAAAGUCACCGAGCAGCUGCUCAAACUGGACGAACAAGGCCUGAGCCAGAAGCAUAAGGUGGGCAUCUUGCUGUGUCGGGCAAAUCAGAGCACUGAGGAGGAAAUGUACAACAACGAGGAGGCUACACCGGCCUUCACCGCCUUCCUGGAGCUGCUGGGGGAAACAGUGUGUUUGAAGGGAUUCAACAAGUAUGCUGCCCAGCUGGACACCAAGACGGACUCCACUGGGACACACUCCUUGUACACAACCUACCAGGACUAUGAGAUCAUGUUUCAUGUUUCUACAAUGCUUCCGUACAUGCCCAACAACCCCCAGCAGCUCCUGAGGAAGAGGCAUAUAGGAAAUGACAUUGUGACCAUCAUCUUCCAGGAGCCAGGCGCUCUGCCGUUCACGCCCCAGAACAUUCGCUCUCACUUCCAGCACGUCUUUGUGAUCGUUCGCGUUCACAACCCCUGUUCCGAGAACACCUGCUACAGCGUUGCUGUGACACGCAUGAAGGACGUGCCCCCAUUCGGACCGCCCCUGCCUCCCAGCGGCAUGACCUUCCGCGACCCUGCCUCAUUCCGCGCCUUCCUCUUGGCAAAGAUCAUCAACGCCGAGAACGCUGCACACAAGUCAGAGAAGUUCCACACCAUGGCUGCUCGCACUCGCCAGGGCUACCUGCGGGACUUGGCCGAGAACUGCGCCAGCACCACACCGCUCGACACGAGCGGCAAGCUCAACAACCUCAUCUCACUAGCCGCCAAGCGGCGCGAGAGAGUACGGGCACGCCAGGGGGCGGAGCUCGGUGCCGCUGGAGCGGUGGCCUGGCGUGUAGUGGCUCAGGAUUUCAGUGGAGGCGGAGCAGAGCUCCCGUGCGUGUUGGCCAUCUCCACUGAGUACGUGGUGCUGGCAGACUGCUCCACAAAAGAGGUGGUGUUCAACUGCUUCUGCGCCGACGUGAUCGGCUGGACGGCCGAGAGGUUGAACUUAAAGCUCUAUUAUGGACGAGGGGACCACGUGGCGCUGCGUGUGCCUGAGGGUGGAGCCCAGGACAUCCGAGAGGUGCUUCAGAGGCUCAAGGUGCUGACAGUUGGCUGCGAGACAGUGGACAUGACGCUCAGACGGAACGGUCUGGGUCAGCUGGGUUUCCACGUGCGUUUGGACGGCACCGUUUCCGAGGUGGAAGAGUACGGCUUCGCCUGGCAGGCAGGCCUCAGGCAGGGGAGUCGAUUGGUGGAGAUCUGCAAAGUCGCUGCGGUGACGCUCACACACGACCAGAUGAUCGACCUGCUGCGCACGUCGGUCACUGUUAAAGUCGUCAUAAUCCCACCAUUCGAGGAAGGAGGGGCCCGCAGGGGCUGCACAGAGGAAUACGAGAUGAAGACCCAGGAGCAGAAAGGCGAUGCAGAGCCCAUGGGAGCGAGUUACCGUUCCAGCCAGCGUGGUCCAGCGUGGCGGUGGGAUAGUCCCCCUACCGCCCCGUCAGCACAGCGCUGGACUCCCAUAGGGCCUCCAUCCGGUCCCAGCCGCACACACAAGGGCCUAGUGCCUGUUCCAUACAGAGAGCCGCAACACAUUCCUGCUAAAAGACCUGUCAGUUACCCUGAGAACCACUACAGCGUGUCUCCAGUAGGGGCAGAUAGAAGUCUGCCCUACCGCAACCCCUCAGCCAGUUUCUCCAGCCCGGGAUCCGGCCUCAGCCCUGCAGCCCUGAGCGGCCCAUUUGUCCGGUACAAACCUUCACCAGACAGGUUCGGCUCGGCCCAGCGCUCUCUCCAGCCGUACGAAGCUCAUCUGACUCUUGAUGGAUCCAGUGGAGAUUCCUCAUCCGGCUUCACCAGCCAGGAGAGCACUAUGGAGCGCAGCAAGACAGAGCCCAUGUGGCAUGUCGCAGCUUCAUCGCGGAGUGCAUCCGGGAGCGGAGCUCAGAGGCGACAAGCUCGGCAGGAUUUGCAGGGGAAGGACUCGCCAAACAGACACUCUAAGGGCGAGACGAUGUACUCCAGCCACUCCAGCAGCAACACACUGUCCAGUAACGCCUCCAGCAGCCACAGUGACGAGCGCUGGUUUGACACAAUGGGUGCCAGCACCUCUGGUACCCUCAGCGACCCCUGUGACCCUUGUGAUCCCUGUGACGCCGACCCCAUGGGGAAAGGAGGCUCCAGCGACAGUGGCAUCGACGCCUCCACUCUGUACGCUCCCACCUCCAGCAGCAAAUCGAACAAAGUGAGCCGGAGUCACGCAGGGACACCCCAUAAAAGUCUUCACUCUUCAGCCACAUACAGCGGCCUGCACGAGCUCUCUGCCCCUGCAGCCAGGGUGGGGGACGGGCUCCGGAGAGAGUCAUCACCCGUCAUAACAGCCUCAGCCAAUCAGAGCAAGAAUUACCGGACACGCACCUUCCCUCCACCUGGCUCAGCCAACACAGACAACUUCAAACCCAGAGCCUGCUACACCCCUCAAGGCUUUAAAACCCCAGCUGUGCCUGACAAGCCCCGGGCUUUCCGAGCUUCCACGGCCACACCCACAUCAGGGUCAACCCAGCUGUCCACCUCCGCCCCCAAAUCCUCAUAUGGUAAAAACAAGCAGGGUGCAUGGCAACAAGAAGAGAGCAGCCCAGCAACUAUGACCUCAACCUCCAGCAACACAGACAGCAACAGCAGCAAGCAAGUGGACUUGAACAGUAAGAAUGUGUUUGGUCAGCCACGUCUGAGAGCCUCUCUGAGGGACCUGCGUUCUCCUCGCCGCCCGGUACAUAAGAGCACCAUUGAGGACGACCUGAAGAAACUCAUCAUCAUGGACAACCCCGCCGACACACCACAAGAAUCUUCUCCUCGAAAGACCCUUCAGCGGACCUUCUCAGACGAGAGUUUAUGCAGUGGGCGGAGAGACUCAAGCUUUGCCAACACGCCAUUGUUUGAUGGACAGGCACCACCCAGCGACCUGCUCUUCACCAGCACACUGCCCACCCGUCGCCAUGGCAGCAGCACCAACCAUGGUGCCAUCUUGCCUAAUAAAAAAGUGCCAUUGUCUGCAUCAGAGCUGUCUCUGACGGAGGUAAGGGAUAAAGUGCCCCCCCUGCGCAGACUCGACCCCGGCCUCAUGCCCCUUCCGGACACAGCAAGCGGUCUUGAGUGGUCGAGUCUCGUCAACGCUGCCAAGGCCUACGAAGUGCAAAGAGCAGUUUCUCUUUUCUCGCUGUCUGAGCCGCAUGUUGGAGGAGCUGAGCUGAGACCUGUAAUAAGUCCAGUUCCCUUUCACACACCACAGACCCCCCGCACUACACCCACCUUCACCAGUGAUGAGGCUCCUGGAGACCUGUCAGGCAGACUGUACCACCUGGAGGUGAUGUUGAAGCAGCUGAAUAAUGAUCUGGAGAAGGAGAAGCAGGACAAGGUAGCUUUGCUGGCUGAGAUGGCUCACCUGAGGGAGAACAACCAGCGUCUGCAGGAGGAGUCACACUCAGCUAGCGAGCAGCUCCGCAAGUUCAGCCAGCUCCUUUCCUCCACAUCAGACAGGAAGUGAUCUCUGACUCGCUCUCUGUGAGGAGAGGAAGCUAAAACCUCGAGCAGCAGUUAGAGCUGGGGAGGUUAACAAGGGAGGUUACGGGUCACUCCCGUACCCGAGCUGCUCUCACACGAACACACACGGUGUGAUGCUUACACUGCCCUUCACCCCUCUCUCUCUCCACACAAGCCUGAACACUAAGACUGAGAAGAAUAAGAGAGGAAAAGGACGGAGCAGAGAGAGAGAACACGAGAAACAAACCCACCUUGGGAUCUUUAACUGGAAGAGGAAAGGAUGUAGGCAUCUUGAUUUUUUUUUAGAACUCUCGCCAAGUCCCAACGCCUUGUCUUGGCGCGUGAUGAAUACAUUCCCUUCACAGCUAUUUUCCCAACUAUUGUUUUAUUUUUCUAAUGGACAAGUCUUAACGGACACCAAACUUGAGCCAGUUGAACUGAGUGAUAUUCAGAUCGUACAGCUUGCAUUCAGAGAGGCCUAUUACUGUUCAUGCAGCUCUUCAGCCAAAAAGAGAGGGACUGUGGUCCUGCGCUGAGACUACACUUCCCAGCAUGCAGCACUGUAGAGCGUGCCAAGGGAAGAAAAAAACACGGUACUGUAGUUUUGAAGUGAGAUACAAUUCUCUUGGACCGACCCACAGGGUUUUUUAUAUAUAAAUAAAUAUAUAUAUACACAUAUACAUAUAUACUGAUUUACAUGGUACACUCAAGAAGAUCAAGAUAUUGUCAUUUAUAGGUAUUGUUCUAAACACAUCAUGGGGGUGCUACCUGACAGCAUGUGACCUUCUGUUUAAACUUUGUGGAUGAUCUUAAACGAAUGGUUCAGCGAAAGUAUAUUCAGCCAGUACAGGGUGUGCUUUUGUCUCUAAUGUAAAUAUCAAGUGAUGGACUUCCAUAUUUCACCCAAAAUCCUUUCCAUAAACACACAACCUUCUUCAUAUGAGGUAAGGCGUAGUCAUUGCUUGCACAGUGCAUAACUUUCAGAUUCCUGCUUUAAAAAUAUGACAGAUCCAGCUUAGGGAGCUCUUCACUUGUCAAAAUGCCAAGCUGGACGGUUCUGGUCCUCACAGCAGGCUGCCCUCAUGUUUGAUUUCUUUUUACAGAUUUCUGUAAGUAAUGUAAUACUUUAUAUGAGCUUAUACCAAAGCUCUGAUGAGUGUGUGUGUGCCCUGCGAUGGGUUGGCACUCCGUCUAGGGUGUAUCCUGCCUCGAUGUCCGAUGAUGCCUGAGAUGGGCACAGGCUCCCCGUGCCCCGAAGAUAGAUCGGAUAAGCGGUACAGACCACAGCUCUGUUGAAUUCUCAAUUCUGAUUGGUCAGAUGGUGUUGAUGAAUGUUCAGUAACGGUGGCUCUGACAGUAAUAUGUUAGGGUUUAUAUUGUAACAACGAAUUGGCAGGAGUUUUCUGUGAGAAGACAUUUUACUUAAUAUUUAUGAGUCUCAGGUGUCAGUACUUUCUAGGAGUAGUCUUCAGGAGCUUCUAAACAUGAUUUUUUUUGGUGUGUGAACAGCACUGGUUCGUGUAUAUUCCUAUUCCACAAUGUUGAAUGCUACUAUUAAAGGUUCUUUAAGAAAUGAAAAAUUCCAAUCAUUGACAAAUUGCUGUGGUAUAAGAUACCCUGUGAGGAAAAUAAUCCAUAAUCAGAUUGGUAAUUAAAUUAUUAGCCACUUGGUUUGUGAUGAUUUUCCUGUGCCAGUACAUAUCUAAGUGUUCUAGAUUUUACACAAAGCCUGUAUAACUUGGGUCAUUUAGCCAACUCUCACCCACUAGCUAGUUCUCCCCUAUCGGGAAAGUCUGCCCAUGCUCAUGAAUGUGUAGUGUCACAGGGAGAGAGAGAGAGAGAGAGAGAGAGAGAGAGAGAGAGAGAGAGAGAGAGAGAGUAUGCCAUCCAUCUCACCCACCCAGAGAGCAUGUCCAAAGCUCCUUGAGUACAGUUUGACGCAUAUUUAUGGAAAGAAUCUUGAGUGAAAAAGGCUUGGUUGCAAUAUAAGUCCAGUCCAACACUAAAUAUCUCUCAGCUGAUCUGCUUUACUUUCGCUGAACCAUUCCUUCAAAUGGCGUGACGGUCAUAUCCAAGCUAACACAUCAUGACAUCAUGUACUGCAAGGUCCAGUUCUCACACUGCAGGUUUCCGUGUUAUUCUCGCACCGUAGUUAGUGAGUGUGGACCGAGUCAGUUCUUCAUCAUACAGUAACUUCCUCCAUGUGUACCGUUUUUUCAACAUGAUUAUCGAAGAAAAACCAUCCCAUCUCAGUCUCCAGCCCUGCACCUUGGUGUUCUGCAGGACCCGAUCCCGGAGACGCGUUCCUCCUUAAAGCAUCGCCGCCACUACUGUUAAACAGACUUGCUGUACAACACAGGACCAAUUUGAGCGACUGCUCCUAGAACUGUGACGCCUCAUCUGAAGUCCCCCCACCCCCUCUUUCUUAAGCUUUGGCGUUGCACUGUGGGUAAACUCCGGCUCCAUGGUCCAGUCGAGACGCUGUACGUCCGUAUGCAACAGAGACACAACAGCGCCUGCGCUCGUUUAGCACGGCGCCUUCCACGACAUAAUCUAUUUUUCUAUUUACCUCUCGGUUUAGGCGUAUCAGGUGACACGACUGUUGGCUGUUUUUAAAAACCAAGAACAAACAGAUCCAUAACAUUCUGGUUCCCUCAUCCCCCUGCACUGUAAAGAGAUUACUCACAUUACUUCAUGAGGCUUUUUAUUUUUUUUGUUAGCAUUAGAGCAGUUACGGUAAUUAAAUUAGCGAGAUCCAGAACAGUUGCUCCAUAGCUAGCAUUCGGUACUUCUGUAUAUACGAGCUUUAAUAUGACAUACUGAAACCACGCAUCCCUGACUGUCCCUUUAAUCUGGUCUAACUGGAAAACAUCGACUCAUCUCUCAGGACCCGCAAUUCACCCUCGACAGCCUGAACUAUUUAUUCUAUUUAUUAAUGCGUCGACCAGAGGGUGGCGUUAUAUUUUAUAUUCUGUAUCUAACUACUAUAAGUUAAUACACACACCUGGAGCAAGGUGUUUUAGGAAAAAUCCACCCUGAACAACUUGGCAAGGUUUAUUUUUAACAAUUCUUUUUAGUCUAUUAUUUAUGGUUUCCUAUAGUACCCACAAUGCCUGCUGAUUAGAGUGAUCUAUUUUUAGUAGGAUCUAGCCCUAACUUCAUCCCUGCUUGAGGAGACUGAUGCAGCAGCGCUUGAAUCCUUCAGUCUGUCCAGCUCAGGCAGAUCACACUCAUCCUCAUCAUCUCGUAUAGAUAGGUCACUAACUAACCGAGGCAAUAUGAUUCUAGUUAAUUUGAUUAAUAAAAAGGAACAUCUUAGAAGCCAAUAGCAAAACAUAUGCUUUAUUUCAGAAUUAUUUUCCUCCUCAUAAACACCAUUCCAGGUGCACUAGCAAUAAUAUUAGGUGUGUCCCAAAUCCCAGAAUCAUUUGGAGCGAUGCUAGCUGCUAGACUACAUAGUGUAUAGUGUGUCAUUUGGGACACAGCUCAUGUCUCCCUGGAACAUCAGCAUGGCACACAACCACUAACAACAAUACAGCACCAGAAUGACUAAACAGUAUGCACCUAUAGAGUGUGUUUCAGGGUGGAGGUUUCCUUUAAAUCCUAAACAGUUUCAACUUUUUAAUGCGACUAAACUGGACCGUUUUGAAAUUUCUCAUCAUAGAUAAUAAAUAAAUAAAAGAGCCUGUGACUUGUGAAUAAAUAAUCCCUCCUCGUCAGUCUCCUUCAUUCUCGCUAAAAGGCCAACAUCAGGUCAUCAUCAUCUCCUCACCAGCUUACACUCACGGCCUCACGCGAAGCUCUGCGUGACGAUUACACGCACCUUCAGCUGUCUUAAGUCUUUCGUUUGUUUGAGGGUGGAGGUGUUUUUUAAUAUUUUUGGUCUUAUUUGAACUUUUAAGCUAUAAGUGAUCUGCAUCUGUGUUGUAUGUGUACAAAUCUGGAUUAUUUAUUUAGGAUUUUUUUUUUUUUGCUCUCUCUCUCCCUCUCUCGGACACGUCAGCCAUUUUUCAGUGAAAUGAAAAGAAUUUUGGUUGAUUUUAUUUUUUAAAAGUUAUACAUGAUGUUUGAUUUCUGCUCUUUUGUAAAAUGCUCAUUUUCCAUGUUUUUUAAUGAUUAUUUUUCUUUUUCUUUUUUCUCGUAUUCUUUGAAUCGUGGUUCGUAAAAUCCGAUAACUGAUUUAAUCUUUCAGUUUUUUUUUUGUUCCUGGGAACCUCAUAUUGAUGAGUGUACAUUUAAUAUGUGUAAAUUAUGUUUUCGAUAUUUUAUAAAAAAUAUAUAUAUAUAUAUUAAAACUAUUUCAUGAUUGAA